AUGGGUGGCACGGAUGAACUUGUGCGCUCCUCAGUAUUCCCCUCCCCAUUAAUGGAUCACUACUGCGCCUACUCGCGGGACUUCUUUCAAAGAGGUCGCAUUCGUGUGCAGCUAAAGAAGCCUGAUAACACACCACACAACCCCGACAUCCCCAACAAAAUGGCGCUUAUGCUGAAACUGGGGGAGCUUAUACCGAAGCAUGUUGGGCGGAGCAAGAAAGACAAGGAGAAGGACAAGGAAGCAGGUGGCGGAGGGGGUGGGGGAGCAGGGGGCUCGCAUGGAGCAGGGGGUUCUGAGAAGAAGGGGAAGGGAGGGAAGAAGAGGAGAUAA